AUGGCUCAGCAUGGACAUCAUGUAGCCAGUUCCCAAAAAGCACUAAUGCUGGAGAUGAAAAGUCUCCAAGAUGAGCCGGUCGAAGGGUUCAAAAUAACUUUGGUGGACGAGUCGGACAUGUACAACUGGGAAGUAGCGAUAUUCGGACCCCCAAACACGCACUACGAGGGUGGUUAUUUUAAGGCCCGGAUCAAGUUCCCUGUGGACUACCCGUACUCGCCGCCUGCUUUCCGCUUCCUCACCAAAAUGUGGCACCCCAACAUUUAUGAGAACGGAGACGUAUGCAUCUCUAUCCUGCACCCACCAGUGGACGACCCACAGAGCGGGGAGUUGCCUUCAGAGAGGUGGAACCCCACGCAGAACGUCAGGACCAUCCUGCUCAGUGUCAUCUCACUGCUGAACGAGCCCAACACCUUCUCCCCGGCCAACGUGGACGCAUCCGUCAUGUACCGCAAGUGGAGGGACAGCAAGGGCAAGGACAGGGAAUACAUCGAGAUCAUCAGGAAGCAGGUCCUGGCUACCAAAGCUGACGCAGAACGGGACGGCGUCAAGGUUCCCGUCACGUUAGAUGAGUACUGCGUCCGCACCCAAGUCCCACCCACAGACGACGGCUCCAACCUCUUAUACGAUGACUACUACGACGAUGAGGAACUGGAGGACGACGAUGAGGAUGACAACGAGGACUGUUGCUAUGACGAGGACGACUCGGGCACCGAGGACUCCUGACCUUGCCUUCCCAUGAUGUCGCCCUCCUUCGACCCUGACCAGUCUUUGCCCUCACCACGCGCCCCCACACCACCUCCCUCUCUCGUCAUGGACUGAACUUUAAUUCCCUGCCCCUUCUUCAUCAUGAACCCCACCAACCCCCUCGUCAUCCUCACUUAGCACAGGCGCCCCGUCGACCUUCUGUCACGUGUGCAGUCACAGUGCGCACACUGAAGCCUGAUGCAUUGAUGAAAAGAAAGCUACAGAGUUGUUUUUGUUUUGUUUCUUUUGUAUUUGUUGUCUGAGUAGAGGUUACACACACGAUACACACACACACACACACACAGCAACAAGUGACAUAAAUAGUACUAAAAACUGGUUUAAAAGCGUUUAACUCCAAAGCCUUUUUAUUCUUCUGGCUUUACGUGGAACAAAUCCUGUCUGAUGUUACUCGUCGAAAAUUUGGCUUAGGAACAGUCACUCCUUUUCUCGAUUUCAUCAGAGGGGUGGAAUGUAACAUCGCAGGUCUGAUUAGAUCAAAGAAAAACAACAAAAUUGGCAAACAGUCUGUUUUGAAAAAGCUGAGUCACGUCUCUGAGCCGUGUAUGUAUGUAUGUAUGUGUGUGACCUCUGGGUUAGCAGGCCGUUUGAAGCCCUGCCACGCUUCACCUCUGACCUUUAUGAGCCCCAGGGCUUGUGCUGCUCCCGACAGGGAAGUUAUCCAUUUCAAAAAGCCGUUGACACUCCCUUGUGCCUUCCCUCACUCCCGGAUAUCACAGAUCUGAAUGACUUGUGGGACAGAACGUGUGCAUAUACACAGCAGGUCAAAGCAAACCUCUGCCAGCCACACAAACAAGCAGAGGGGGGAAAUAUUCAGGCUCACAAGGUCCCAGGUGGGGUGCCGCGCAAACAGCAGCCCUCCCGAUGGAACAAGUUUCAACCUAUUUAUAGCGGCACCUGUCAGAUUUGUUCAGGGUGUGAGUGAGAAAGGUAAGAUCCCAACAGCUGAGCUAAAGAAUGGAAUGUAGAUCAGAAAUCCCACAAACGUCCUCUUGACUGCCACGCAGCCUUCAUCACACGAGCAUGUGCUACUAGUGACCCGGAUGCAUUAAGAAACAGCAAGCUGAGCCUGCUACUGCUCCUGAAAUCCAAUGUACUGUAUGAAAUAAAAACCUAUGCAGUCAGUGCUUGAACCUACUUAAUAUGCAGUGCUUUAAACGUGGCAGUAAAGCUGAACCUUUUCAACAGUCCGAACUGAACUCCAGCUUGAGUGUUGCAAGCCAGCUAUGUACCUGUGUGGGCUUUGGACAGACUGUGUCCUUGGUUAGAGAUGGGCGUGUGUAGUUGUAUCUGGCUUUAUGUUUGUCAGUGGGUUGUUAUUCUAAGUCGCAGUCUCCAGAGCAGAAGAAAUGAGUGAGAUUGUACACUAGCCUCCAUCAGAGAUCGCCCCCUAGUGGAGGCUGUGUUUUGUUUUGUUUUUUUUUUGUUUUUUUUUUGCUUUUCACUCCCUUUUGAAAUGCUCGACUGGGCUGCAGCCAUCUUGACUCACCUGAAUCAAUGAACAACUGUUACCUCAGAGGACACGAGGCAGCAGUGUGAGUGAUUCAGAAGAAUGAAAAUGGCCUGACUAUGUAGACUGACGGGGUUUUGUUCUGCCAAGACACCACCUCCCCCCUCGCCUUUUACUUCUCUCCUCACUGCCAGUGAGUGCUCUGCUGCACACUCAAGUCACAUUACCACCAUCCAGCAGUAUUUCCUGAUGAAAUUCACAACAUUGCUGUAAUCAUGUUUUCCGUUGUGCGUGUGAAUAUUUGCCGUUUUUCAUGAGAUGUGUGAAGAAGAGCAGAAAUGGGAAAGGCAUGGGGAUUAGGGGUUGACCUUUUUUGAGCAUGAACAGGAGAAUGUGGUUCUUCACUCGCAUGCUGUUAUGAUGUGUUUGUGGUUUUAGAUCUGAUGUAAGGGUUGGGAUUGUGUCCAGGGACAAAGGUUCUCUUCUCAAUUUUAUCUGAAACUGUCGUGUUAUGAAUGGGCUGAGGGUUGUCUGUUUUUCUGGAGUGGGGGUGGGUGGGGGUGGGGGCUUCUUUUACUGUUUUGAUGUACUCUUAUUUCCAAAUUAUGGUGUGAGCUGCGAUGUUUUCUAUCUUAUAUGUAUUAAGUGCUACGAAUAUCAACCCGAUUGUUUAAAAACCCAGGAUUGUUCAUGGAGGAGCGAAUAAACUUAUUAUAGACAAAUAUUAAAUUGACACAGCACACCAUACAGUAAUUAUUCUAGCCCUUUAUUAAGCCCUGAAUGCUGAAUUAGUUAUCAAUACUCAAUAUUUGACAGAUGCCCAUUUCAUAGCCUAGGAAUGAUCCUCCCCUCUCUGUUUUGAUGUUUUGGGGUGAAUGGGAUUUGAUUUUUGUCAAACUACUGUUAUUUCUUUAUCAUCUUUCCUCCCCACUCGUCCCCCAGUUCUCUGAGCUCUGAUUGGUGGCAGCAUCACUGAGGGGGAAAAAACCAACAGAAAACUACAAGAACCUCAGGAAAACAAACAAACA